ACAAAGGACCGGGUGCUGCUGACUGUGAGGGACGAUCUUCAGAGUUUGAAGAGACUGUUGUUGUGAUUUCGUGUACGAACGGAGACUUGUGACAGGAAAGACGAAAAUGCCUGGACAUAUGAAUCGCACCAAAGCCAGCAAGAAGAUCCCUCUGGCCUUAUUUGGGCUGGGGAGGGCUGGCAACAUCCACGCGGGGAACAUCGAAAAGAACCCCCACUGUCGGCUGAAGUACCUGGUAGAUGAGGAUGUGGAGAGGUGCCAUCGCUUUGUAGAGGAGUUCAUGUCUGAGGCUGUAGUGGUGAAGGCAUCAGAGGCAGAUGUUGUGUACAAUGACCCUGAGGUACAGGGGAUUGUGGUGACAUCACCGACCUUCACCCACCCUGACAUUUGCCUGAAGGCCUUGAAAGCUGGAAAAGAUGCCCUGUGUGAGAAGCCAGUUGCUGCAGACAUGAAGACAACUGCACUUGUCUAUGAUGAGGCUGAGAAACAGGGCAGGAUCCUCUUGUGUGCCUUCAACAGGAGAUUUGACCCAGCACUGCUGAAUCUUGAGGAGCGGGUGAAGAAGGGAGAGGUUGGUCAGAUCCAUCGCUUCAAGACGUCCAGCAGGGACUCUCCCUUACCUUCCAUUGAAUACCUGCGCAUCUCAGGUGGAAUAUUCCAUGACUGUGCUGUACAUGACAUUGAUGAAUGCCUCUGGAUCAUGAAAGAACUGCCAACACAGGUGCACACGAUGGCUCACUGCUUCACCCCUGCUAUUGCUGAGCUGGAUGAUGUAGACACAGUGUCCAUCACCAUGAAGUUUCCAAGUGGAGCCAUCGCAAGCCUGGACCUGAGCCGCCUGUCUACAUAUGGCUAUGACCAAAGAACUGAGGUGUAUGGCUCCAAAGGUAUGCUGCUGAAUCACAACACGACCCCCACCGGCCUGCACCAUUCCAACGGUAGCGGGGAGACCGCACAGCCCAUCCACCAUUCCUUCCCGCAGAGAUACGCCGCCAGCUACCGGGGGGAACUCGUUCACUUCCUCAACCUCAUUCAAGGGUUGGAGGAGCCUCGUAUCGUGAAGAAAGACACAUUGCUGAGCAGCCACAUUGCGGAGGCCUGUGAGGAAUCCCACAGGACGGGGCAGGCCGUUUCCCUGUCGUACGAUCACCUCCUGACAUCUCCACCUGCUCACGAGAAGGGUGGUACAACUGACGUGGGGUCUGUACCCAUGGAACAGGACGCCAACGCUGUUGCUACUGCAUAAAUGAGUAGUUUCUUUCUAAUCUACGAGCAGAUCCUACAAUGGCAUAAGAUAGUACUAAACUGGCCAAGAAGUGUACAUUUGCCAUGUAGCUAAACACACUCCUAGGCCAGCUUCACUCCUCUGUCAGCUUUUGAUACUAUCUUAUGCUACCGUAGAAUCUGCUUGAAGAUUAGUUUCUUUCGCCUCUGUGAGGCUUUUUUUGUUGAGGAGAACUUCGUUUGUGUUGUUAAUGACUAAAUGGUUAUACAUAUGAAUUGAUCAAAUUGACCACUGUCUACUAAACAAAACGUAUGAAAUAGCUUUCAACAUUCUGUAGGAUUUUGGGUGUGAUGCGGAAACGUAUUGACAUUUUCACUGUUGCAAUGUCUAUAGAUCUAUAUAUUUGAUAUAUCUAUGAAAUCAUAUCAUAGGAAUUACCUUGCAGUUGAUCCAAGAGUACUUAUAAUAUUUACCAGCAAAAUUGCAUAUUAUAAUUUUCAGAAUAGGAUAGUUAGAUGACAGGCUAGCAGUGUGCUCAGUUAGACAGCAAGUUGCUGUGCUGUCCAUUUUUCCAGGAAGAGCUAGCUUGAAAACUGCUAUGUACUUAACAUCUGGCAGCUCUUGUAUUAUGUGGACACCGCAGCUUCUGAUCUCAUCUACAGGUCAUGAGUGCAAAGUUUAAUUCUGUGGUAAUGUCUUACCAAAACAAAUUGCUACUACCUCUUCAAUAUGGACCACUUAUGAUUUAGUACUUACAGUUGCUCAUUGAUGCAUCUGCAGACUCGGAAUUUUGAAUGAUCAGUGAAUUUUGAAUACAUUUUUAUAGCUUUUAACUAAUAUAAUUUUUUUUUUGUAAUCAGUGUCUUUGAAAAGAUCACUAUGCUGAUGUGUAGGGGUUUGUGGAAAUAUUCCUUUCUGAUCAGAAGUGAAACAUACAUGUAUCAGGAUGUUUGUGUAGUUAAGAACUCACUUGUGUGCUUGAAUAUUUGUGCUGUGCUGACAUGCUAUUGAUUGAAAUGACAUGGAUGCAAUAUACCUGUCUGUCAGUGAGUUUAAGCUAUGUAGUUAUGUAAUGGAUAGCGAAGCUCUUAGUACACAACCAAAGAGCUGUUUCUGUAAUCUUCCUCAGGGCAAUACUGAUUGGUUUUACUUUGCACUGCAUCAAAAUAUUGGUAAGGCAUUAAGUACACAUAUUUCACAAUGGCUGUUGCUGCUGCGUGCCUGCAAAACUAGCGUGUUCCACUAAAGGUUUAUAACAACUAUAUAAAUACAGUUGCAAAUACAGACGAUACGUCUUAUAAUCUGCUAAUCUAACUACAUGUAAUACAAAAUAAAUUAUAGACUGGAAAUAUGUUGGUAUAUAAAUAUAUAUAUAGAGAGAGAGUGAGAUAAAUCUAUGCGUAUAAUGCUUGUUAAUGAUCGCAGGAAUCUUAGUCCUAGGUCACUGAGCAUUGAUGUACUUUGCAGAUCUAUCUUUAAAGAAUAAACAAGUAUUGCAAAUGUU